CUAAGGAAGGAAGGGCAUGGCCCUGCGAGCAGCCACGACGAGGCUCGCGUCCUCCAGCCGCCGCCUCUGCCACGGCCACCUCCCAAUGUUCGAGUUGCUGCUCCCGUGUCGUGAUUGGAGACCGUGUCCUUCUCCAACUGCAAUCAAUGGAUUUCCCUACCCGGAUUUGAGUCGCCUGGUAUAAGAAGGAAGGGUCCUCGGCCGGAAUCUCCAUCAGGUUGCGUCCUUGGACCAGAAGCUCCAUCAAAUCAAUCCCAUCGAAAUUGCAAUUUUCGUCGAAACAUCCAAUGUCGCCGCCGAGUUCGCUGGAGGAAGAAAACCUCCCUGCGCUCGUCAAGACGCCCUCGCCCUCGCCUACGUCAUCUCCACAUCGUACUUGCUUUCCCUGGCUCUGCUUGACCUCCUCCUCCUUGCUCACGUUGCCGCCGUGGCGCGCCGCUUCGGCCUUCCAUCCAUGUCUGCCGCCACGCGCCUUCUACGAGGUAUGCUGCGUCGUUGCUAACCGUUGGAGAAGCUGCCCACUCCAUGUGUAGUUACGUCAAGGCAACGGCCCUGUUGCACAACGACGUCGGGGAGCACGACCCAAAGCACAAGCUCGACGACCUUAGGGAGCAAAGGAGUGGGUACGCGGCGUCCAGAACGAGCACCCUGUCCACGGCGUCUUGUAUGUCGGCCUUGGUCGCCGUUGUCAAUGGCGAAGAGCACGGGCUAUGCGCAGAGACCUGAAGGCAUGUGGAGGAUAGAGCAGCGGGUAGCGGCGCCGCUCCUGGAGUCCUGGUUGCCGUGCAGUGCAGGAAGAAGAAGAUCGAGUCAAGAAGAAGAGCGGCAGCGGGUCGCAAUUUCUGUUCUAUGCACGACGGAUGUUCAAUUUCUUCUCUGCCCGAGAUGCCAUCGGGAAUGCCCAGAUAUGGCCAAGGUGCCGCCGGAGGCCGCGCCCACCUUGCACAUAUGCCCGGCGUCGCCACCGUUUUGGUCUGUCCUGUCAGCGUCGCCAUUUAUUUUCUUGGCUGAGAUGUUGCUGACGCCGCCCAGUUUUGAUCGGGAAGUCGUCGCCGGCGCGUUGGACAGAUGCAGCUACCGAGUUAAGGAUGAUGUUUCUUUCCUUGAAGCUAUAUCUUCGUUGGUGUUCAGAAACCAGUGAACUACCAAGCGUGAAAAAAAUCCCACAGCAACAGCGCUAACAAGAUACUACAUUGUUCAGAAACCAGUGUACCAUUGAUCCUACUACAAUAUGUACUGCCUGUUUAGAUCGGUUAAGGGCCAAUUUCAAUCAAGCAUAUACUGUAACAGUUAACUGCAGCAGUAAAUAAUCAUCUUCAGUUGGUGUU